GCAGCAGCAGCAGCAGAAGAACGCAAUAAAGUGUUGGACAGUUUCAAACUACUUACGAUACCAAUAUACAAUCCGCCUCCCACAACCUGCUCUGAAGCGCACAUAGCAGCAAUAUGGUCAGAGAAGUUGAACCGCCGACAGUCCAGCAGGAUUUUCUCCUUGCCGCUUUAGCCCAAGGGAAAAGGCUCGACGGCAGGCUACCUCUCGAGAUGAGGAAGGUGCAAUAUGUCUUUGGAGAGGAGUUGGGUUGUGUGGAAUGUAGGAUGGGAAAGACGGCGGUGCUGGCCCAAGUAUCGGCGUCAAUUGUCAAACCUCGCGAAGAUCGGCCGUAUGAGGGUUUCCUCCUCAUAAACUCUGAGAUUGGGCCUAUGGCGAGCAGUGUUUAUGAGCUUGGGCGACCAAGUGACGACGAAGUGUUGAUAGGCAGAUUAUUGGAGAAGAGCAUCAGGCGUACUGAGGCUGUGGAUCGGGAGGCCCUGUGUAUCAUUGCUGGAGAGAAGGUCUGGCAACUCCGCUUGACACUACAUUUCUUGUCAGAUUCGGGAAACCUCCUUGACUGCGCCGCUCUGGCGGGUAUGACAGCUCUGAGACAUUUCAAACGGCCGGAUGUGGAAGUAAUAGGAGAUGAGAUCAUAAUACAUUCGCCGGACGAACGCGCACCUGUUGGGUUGGCCAUCCAUCACACUCCUCUCUGUCUGACUUUUGCCUAUUUUGAAAACCUUCCCCCCAUCCUAGACCCUUCCCACCUCGAAGAAGUUUUGUGUUCUGGCACCCUCACCCUUACUCUCAACGCGCAACGAGAGAUCUGUGUUCUGUCAAAGGCUGGAGGGACUCCACUUGCAGCAGAUGAGAUCAUGGGUGUUGUCAAGAUUGGCGUGGAGAAGGUGAGGGAGCUGGUGAGCAAUAUGGAGGAGGCCUUGGAGCUGGACAGGUCAACUAGGGUUACGGAAAUACAGUAACAGUCAGAGAUGGCGAGCAGCAUAUGCAACGUACUACAUAUAAAGUGAUAUAGUCAGCUUGGCAACAUAGUCUUUUGCAUGUAUCUGAGGCAGCCGCCGUACACUCUUGA